AUGAAAGAAGAAUGCCAAAUUUGUUUUGAACUUCUUCCAAGGCACCUAUUCUUACAAGUAACUGCAGAUUGUAACCAUGAAUUAGAUGUUUGUAAAUUAUGUGUUGAUAAGCAUAUUCAAGCACAGUUAGAAAGUAAGGGUAAUAUAGAAAUUUGUUGUCCGUCUUCUGGUUGUAAAAAAGAAUUACAACAUAGGGAUAUAAAAAGGAUCGCAAGUAAACAAGCAUUUGAAAGAUAUGAUAAAUUAAUGCUUACUCAAACGUUAAGCAAAUUGCCAGAAUUUAGAUGGUGUAAAAAUUCUAGAUGUGGUGCCGGUCAAAUUAAUUUUGAAGGAGACGCCUCACCCAUAAUGACAUGUGAAUCUUGCGGUCAAAAAUACUGUUAUACUCACGAUGUUCCUUGGCAUAAGGGAUUAACUUGUAGUGAAUAUAAUAAUAGAAAAUUAGGUGAAGACAAAGCUACAAAAAGUUUACUCGAAAGAGAAACCAAGUCAUGUCCCAAAUGUGGCGUAAGAAUUACCAAAAAUGGAGGAUGCGACCAUAUGACUUGUACUGUUAAACAUUGUAAAUAUGAAUUCUGUUGGUUGUGUUUUGCUGAUUAUAAUGAGAUUAGGAGAAAUGGAAAUAAAUCUCAUAGAAGAACUUGUAAAUUGUAUGCGUAA